UUCCCGCCAUUGCCAAAACAAAAAUUGACAGCUGGGUCGUAACCACGUUGUUUUCAAUAUUUAAGAAUGGCAGACUAUCUGAUAACGGGAGGAGCCGGGUACGUACCGGAUGAUGGUUUGACAGGGGCUCAACUUUUUUCUCACGGAGAUGGAUUUACGUACAAUGAUUUCUUGAUUUUACCUGGGUUUAUUGACUUUGCAUCGACUGAAGUGGAUUUGACAUCAGCUUUGACAAAGCGUAUCACCUUGAGGGCUCCACUUGUGUCAUCUCCAAUGGAUACCGUCACAGAAUCACAGAUGGCCAUUGCUAUGGCUUUGUGUGGGGGUGUUGGUGUCAUUCACCACAACUGUUCAGUGGAUUUCCAGGCUAAUGAAGUACGCAAAGUGAAGAAAUAUGAGCAAGGCUUCAUUGUUGAUCCUGUUGUGAUGUCACCCAACCACACAGUUAAAGACGUCAUGGACGCCAAGAAGCAUUAUGGUUUUUCUGGAAUCCCCAUAACAGAAAAUGGUCACAUGGGUGGUAAACUUGUGGGCUUGGUUACUCAACGUGACAUCGACUUCUUAUCAUCCGAGGACCACAAGACGUCUGUGUCAGGGGUGAUGACCCCAUUUGAUGAGCUUGUGUGUGCUCCAUCAGGUGUUACUCUCAAAGAGGCCAAUCUCAUUCUCCAGAAAAGCAAGAAAGGAAAGCUUCCAAUCAUCAAUGAAAGUAACGAACUGGUGGCGUUGAUAGCCCGGACAGACACAAAAAAGAAUCGAGAGUACCCACUAGCAUCCAAGGAUGACAAAAAACAGUUGUUGGUAGGGGCGGCAGUCAGUACUCACGAGACGGACAAACCGAGAGUAGAAGCGUUGGUCCAAGCUGGUGCAGACUUCCUUGUCAUAGACUCAUCCCAAGGCAACUCCACGUACCAGAUAGAGAUGAUUAAAUCCCUGAAACAGCAAUACCCAGACAUACAGAUCAUAGGGGGUAAUGUUGUCACAGCAGCCCAAGCAAAGAAUCUCAUAGAUGCUGGAGUGGACGGCCUCAGGGUUGGGAUGGGCAGUGGCUCCAUCUGUAUUACACAGGAAGUAAUGGCUGUAGGAAGACCACAGGCAACAGCUGUUUACAAAGUGGCUGAAUACGCGCGGAGAUUCGGUGUGCCUGUGAUCGCAGACGGAGGAAUAUCAACAGUGGGACAUCUCAAAAAGGCGCUGUCACUCGGAGCAUCUACAGUGAUGAUGGGUUCUAUGUUGGCUGGCACAUCAGAAGUACCAGGCGAGUAUUUCUUUGCGGACGGAGUACGUCUGAAGAAGUAUCGAGGCAUGAGUUCUCUUGACGCCAUGGAAAAACAUCGAGCAAGUCAGAGCAGAUAUUUCAGUGAGAGUGAUAAGUUAAAGGUAGCCCAAGGAGUCAGCGGUUCAAUUCAAGACAAAGGUUCCAUCCACAAGUUUGUUCCAUAUCUGAUUGCCGGCAUACAGCAUGGCUGCCAGGAUAUUGGCUCCAAGAGCCUCUCACACCUUCGAUCAAUGAUGUACUCUGGGGAAUUGAAGUUUGAACGGAGAACUACGUCUGCGCAGAUCGAAGGGGGAGUUCACAAUCUUCAUUCUAUUUUGCGUCUGUAAUCUUGAUGGAUAUCAAAGUAGCAAUGCUGCCUGAGCAAAUGUUCCGAUAUGAGAAACGCCUGUACUAGCGGAAUGGGGGUAGCAGUCAACAAUUUUGUGCAAUCUCUCGGUCUGUGUUCUUGGGACCGUUAGCGUUCAGCGUCUUCUGCGGACCAGCCAUAAUCGUCAUCACGUACUUCAGCAAUCAAUCAAACAUUAGCAUGCAUAAGAUGAUGAUGAAAUAUUUUCAAAUGACAAUUUGUGAAUAUCAUUUGCAUCAGCCUGCAUGGAUUGUCAAAAUUUUUAACUGCAGCAACUAAUAUCCAAAAGUUUUCUGUUCAUGAUUUCGAUGGUAUAUAAAUGUUUAGUUUCAAAUAUGUUUCAGUAUAAAUAAAUUGGGUCUGCAGGGUAUUGAUGUAAAAAUGAAGGAAUUUUCCAUUGCACUUUUUUCAAAAGUGAUAAUUUGUUAACUUGUAUGUCUUUGAUAAAUAGUUAUGAAAAAUUAUUAUGAUUUCAUAUUUUGAUGGGAUUACAAUUACUGCCCUUGUUAGUAGCAUUCCAGAUAUAUUUUUUCAUUAUGUCGUUUAUAAUUAUCAUGCCAAUUAUGUUUCAAAUAUUACUAAGUCUCAACUUUACUCUGUAAUGGUGCUUGUUUUUCAGUUUUAUAUUUUCUUAAGUGUCAGUCAGUUAACAUAGACUUGCCAUGAUUGUAUAUCCAUGAAUUUCCAACUAAAGUGUCAAUCAGUUAACAUAGACUUGCCAUGAUUGUAUAUCCAUGAAUUUCCAACUAAAGUGUUGGUCAGUUUACAUAGACAUAAUAAUAUUUUCCAUGAGUUUCUAACUGAAGUGCCAAUCGUAUUAGGCAUAAUUGUAUUUGCAUGAAUUUCUAACGAGGUGUCGGUCAAUUUACAUAGAUCGGGCAAAAUUGUAUUUCUAUGAUAAUAUUCUACAUAAGUGUUGGCAAGUUUACAUAGAUCGGGCUUUAUUGUGUUUCCAUGAAUUUCUACAUAAGUGUUGGUCAGUUUACAUUGAUCGGGAAUAAUUGUAUUUCCAUGAAUUUCUAUUUUGGUGUCAAUCAUUGUAGGCAUAAUUGUAUUUCCAUCCAUUAUUGCUAACUGAGUUGAGCAACAGAAAUCCAAGACAAAAAUCUUGUAAAAAUGCUACAACUAUAUGUUUCAAUGUAAUUGUUUUUUUAUGUUUUUGUUGUUGUUUUUUGAAAAAAAAUGAAGCAUAAUAUUUAGGUUUUAUUUGAAAUACUACAGCGAUUUGAUUCCGAUGAUAAAUUUUAUAACAUGGGUAGUCUGUGCUACUGUUCAAUCCAGUUUGUAUUUAAACUUGAAAUUACAAUCAGUAUUUUAUUUAGACAGAAUACUUAAAGUAAUCAUAAAUCAUUAAAAUACAUACAUGUACUAUAAGUACAUUGUCUUGUUUCACGAGUGCAGGCGUUAUUUAUGUCUUCUUGAGAUUAUUGAUAAUGUUGAUUAUUGUGGUGAAUAUUAAAGAUACAGGGAGGGACAUAAAAUGUAAAUUUUGUUGAGUGUGAUGAAUAUUAAUGGUACAUUAUAUCACAUUGUGAUGAACAUUUAAGGUACAAAAAUGAAUUCUUCAAAAAUUUACAUAGAAUAUGUUUAAAUUUAUUUCUGAGAUGAAGCAUUUUAUAGAAUGAUUGUGUAAACACCUAUAACACCAUUACUAAAAGACAGAACGUAUUUUUUGAUGGUUGAUACAUGUGUAUAUAUAUGUAUAGGGUUAGAAUUACAGAAACUUAACAUUUAUGAAUUGAUUUCUCGUUAUAUUUUUGAUAUGGCUAGAUAAUUGAACACUGAGAUCAUAUGAGUUUUGUUUGGUAAGGAAAGUUUGGAAUGAAACAACCUAGAAAGAAGUAAUGGUUGACACGGAUCAUUUUUCUCAUUGUACUUGGUACUUGCAUUAUGCUUUUUAUGGUCAGUUAUUUUUGUGCUAAUAUGUUGAACUGUUACAUUGUAGUAGUACUUUAUAGUUGCUGUUUUAUGAAGAACCCUAGGAGCGGUAUUUGCACCUAGGAUACGUUUUCAACUUUGGAAAAUCUCUCCUAGGAAUGAAAACCUCUCCCAUGAUACUUCAAUAAGUCCCCUGAGGUUGUAUUCAAUAAAGUUCCUCAUCCUUAGACAUGCAUUGGUCAAUUAAUUAUACAGUCCAAUCAAAACACUCUACAUUCUACUCUGAAAUUUAUGAUUGAUUCAAGUUGUGUAUUGAAUAUUUCCUCAGGAUCUGUGUCAAAGUUAAAGCCAUUAAAGUCUGACUUACCUUUAAAAUGAUGUAUGUAUGGUAUAAAAUGGAAGCUGUCAAUGACAAUGUGUAAUUGUGUAUUAAGGCUCUUGAAUUCGUCGAAGAUUUGUUAUGAUAAUAAUAGUUAAGAGUCUCUGUUAAACAUGUUAAAACUCAUUUACUAUCUGUUGAUUUAUUAUAAUAUAAUUGUUCUGACACUACCCUGCCAAUAUCAAAUGUGCUUUACAAUGUCUGUGACUCAAACUGAGUUUAACAAAAAAACGUAAGUAAAAUAAAAACAUAGUAUUGAUGAGCUGUUCUUCAGCUGAAAUUCUGCAGACUACCAGUACCUUUUAUUAAAGCAAGAAUUUACAACUAAAUCCUUUGACUGGUUUUAUUUGCUGUAUAUAUGAUAUAUUUGUUAGUUAUCUGAUGGAAUGCAUGUUCUUGAAAUGAAAUGUUGCUAGAUUUUGAUGGUAUUGUUUGAGUGUCAUGUUGCAAUAUAUUUACAAAUAAAUCCAAUAAAACUA